UUUUUUAAUAUAUUUUGUUUUAAUAAAGAAAAUAUUGUACAAAUGAGCACUUCGUCGAACAACGAGCUUUGGUUAAUAUCCGCUCCAGGUGAAUCUACACCUUUAGAAACUUGGGAUCGUUUACAGCAAACAACACAAAAUUUAUCUGUCAACAGUAAAUUCAAUAUUCCUGAUUUAAAGGUUGGCACUUUGGAUCAAUUAGUUGGUCUUUCAGAUGAUUUAGCAAAAUUGGAUACUGCUGCAGAACAGACAACUAGAAAAUUAGUUCAAUAUUUCUCUGAAGUGUUAGAAGAAGAAAGAAAUAAAUUGCAAGAGAAUUUGGUUAUUGGAAAUAAGGAUGUUCACACUUACGUAACAAAAUUUCAAUGGGAAGCUGCCAAGUACCCUGUUAAACAAUCGCUUAAAGUUCUUUCUGAAAUUAUUGGCAAACAAGUAACACAAAUAGAUAAUGACCUCAAAACGAAGGCUACAGCUUAUAAUAAUUUAAAAAAUACACUUGCUUCUAUUGAUCGAAAAGCAGCAGGUUCUUUAGUAACAAAAGAUCUUUCGGAUAUUGUCAAAGCUGAUAAUUUUGUUCUAGGCUCUGAGUAUUUACAGACUGUUUGUGUUGCUGUUCCAAAACUUCAAAUAAAAGAAUGGGAAAGUAGUUAUUUUACUUUUGCAAAUAUGGUUGUCCCUGGGUCUGCUCAAAAAAUUGUUGAGGAUCAGGAACAUGCUCUCUAUACUGUUACUUUAUUUAAGAAGGUGAUUGAUGAAUACAGAGCAAAUUGUAGAGAGCAAAAAUUUAUUGUUCGUGAUUUUGUCUAUGAUGAACAAUCAUUAAAAGCUGGCAGAAGUGAAAGAGACAAACUUGUCCAAGAAAAACAACGUUUGUAUGCUCCUUUGGUUCGAUGGCUAAAAAUUAAUUUUGGAGAGAUUUUUUCUGCUUAUAUGCAUGUAAAGGCUUUGAGAGUUUUUGUUGAAUCUGUUUUGAGGUAUGGACUUCCAGUUAAUUUCCAAGCAGUUUUGAUGGAGCCGUUAAAGAAUUCACAGAAACGAUUGAGAAGUGAACUUAAUAAACUCUAUCUUCAUUUGGAUGGAUCUGCUAGUGGACCUAUAGAGACAUUUGAUGAUGCUCCAACUCUUGUUUCAUUGGGGGUUCAUGAUUAUUACCCUUAUGUUUGGUUUAGAUUAAAUAUAGACUUUUUAGAGAAACGGUUGUGA